AACGUGGAGCGGGUUCACGCUCUUUACCAAACCUUCCCAGAAGGCCGAGCGGCGGAGGCAGACGUCCCCAGGAACCCGUACGGCCGAGAGGCGGCGCGGCGGCCCCCCGGCCCCGCCCACCUGAGCGUGUGUCAGCGUCUGGUUAAAGUGGUGGAGGAGCUGGUGGACACGGAGAAGUCGUACGUGAAGGACCUGGUCUGUCUGUUUGACGUCUACCUGACUCCACUGCAGAGGGAGACCUUCCUCAGUAAAGACGAGAUGGAAGUUCAGGUUCAGAUGGAGGUUCAGGUUCAGAUGGAGGUCCAGGUUCAGGUUCAGAUGGAGUUUCAGGUUCAGGUUCAGAUGGAGGUCCAGGUUCAGGUGUCUUUGGCGUCUGUCCUCAGAUGGAGGUUCAGGUUCAGGUUCAGAUGGAGGUUCAGGUUCAGAU